UCUCGCCGCCGCCGCCGCCUCUUCCCCCACCGCACGCGCUUCCACUCCGCCGCCGCCGCCGCCGCCGCCGAGGCUCCAGCACUGCCGUUCUCCGCCUCCAGUUCUUCCCUCCCCCGUCAUCUUCGUCGUCUCGGGUGUCCGGUGCCACCGCGCCGCCCUCCUGCUCCAUCUCCGGCGGCUCCUGCUGCCCGCCGCCUCCACCGACUACCCCCUCCUCCGCCCUCCCGAUCUCCGUUCCCCGCGCCACCGCCCACCGCGGGGCCUCCGCCGCCCCGGCCGCUUCCGUCUAACCCUGGAUCCCCACCACGAAACCUAACUAGUAAGCGCCGGAGCCGCCGCCUCCUCCGCCUAAGUUCGCUACACUCGCUGGAGAUGGAGAAUGUUACUGGAGAAGGAAUCUCGGAUCAGAUAGAGAGAUUUCAAACACAGCUACAAAUGGAUGGGCGAGGGAGAAAGCACAGGAUUUUGAUGGUGUCAGAUUUCUUCUUUCCAAACUUUGGCGGCGUGGAAAGCCACAUCUAUUAUCUGUCGCAGUGUCUCCUUAAGCUUGGCCAUAAGGUGAUUGUCAUGACGCAUGCAUAUGGGAAUCGUUCUGGAGUACGAUAUGUUACAGGUGGCUUGAAGGUUUAUUAUGUUCCAUGGAAGCCAUUCCUGAUGCAGAAUACAUUGCCUACAUUAUUCUUGACAUUUCCGAUUGUGAGGACCAUUCUUAUUCGUGAGAAGAUCUCUGUGGUGCAUGGACAUCAGGCUUUCUCAACAUUGUGCCAUGAAGCACUGAUGCAUGCUAGGACGAUGGGGUACAAAGUUGUCUUCACAGAUCACUCGCUUUACGGUUUUGCUGAUGCUGGAAGCAUUCACAUGAAUAAGGUGCUGCAGUUUACUCUUGCAGAUAUUGAUCAGGCCAUAUGUGUCUCUCACACAAGCAAAGAGAAUACUGUCUUGAGAUCAGGGAUAUCUCCAGAGAAGGUUUUCAUGGUUCCUAAUGCAGUUGAUACUGCAAUGUUUACUCCCUCUCCAGAUCGCUUGAGCUGUGAUGAAAUUGUUAUUGUUGUGAUAAGUAGAUUAGUGUAUCGAAAGGGUGCAGACCUUCUUGUGGAAGUUAUUCCAGAAGUAUGCCGUCUUUUUCCUAAGGUUCGCUUUAUUGUUGGAGGUGAUGGUCCAAAACGUGUGCGAAUUGAAGAAAUGAGGGAGAAGUUUUCCCUUCAGGAUAGAGUUGAGAUGUUAGGAGCUGUGCCUCAUGCUCAAGUGCGAUCUGUUCUGAUAUCUGGUCAUAUUUUUUUGAACAGUUCGCUUACAGAGGCCUUUUGUAUAGCCAUUUUGGAAGCAGCAAGUUGUGGAUUGUUGACAGUAAGUACUAGAGUCGGUGGUGUUCCAGAGGUUUUACCAGAUGAUAUGGUAGUACUUGCAGAACCAGCUCCUGAAGAUAUGGUACGAGCUGUCAGGAAGGCUAUCGAUAUGCUUCCUGGCAUAGAUCCCCAAGUUAUGCAUCUUCGAAUGAAAAAGCUUUAUAGUUGGGACGAUGUGGCGAAAAGAACAGAGAUUGUGUAUGAUCGUGCAAUGCAGUCACCACAAACAGAUUUGCUAGAACGCCUUCCACGAUACCUCAGAUGUGGAGCUUGGGCAGGCAAACUGUUUUGUCUUGUUAUGAUCAUCAACUACCUACUAUGGUGCCUCCUAGAAUAUCUGCAGCCCACUGAAGGUAUUGAAGAGGUCCCAGAUAUCAGGCCAGUACAUGCUCGUUUAGAAUCAGUAGAUGAUACAUGUGAAACUCAAGGAAAAGGAAUUUAGAAUUUGCCAUUAUCGAAUCAUUGACCAGCACCCUUUCCUGGUCUGUAGAAUUUACCUUCUCUUUUUAAUUUUACUUGCCCUGAAGCCCAGGAAACAUUUUCGACAGUAGAGUACCCAUGACCUAGUCACCCCACAUUUGGGGAAAUCCUUUGACAUGCUUUUGAAAGCUAUGUUGUUUGUAAAUAUCAGUGGUAACACCACUAUUUUGUUAUGUAAGUGGAUGAUCCAUGCUCUUGAAAACUAUGCUGUUAACGAUCAAUCGACAACAUCCUUUGGAUUUGGAAUACAUGUACUAAUAUUUGUUCUUUGUA